AUGGUUGCCGACGCUCUUGUCUACCACCCUGCGCUGGCGCACUGGCUGCGCUUCGUCGCGACAACAGUUGGCCGCGACAAGAUCCUCCGCACAGUCCAAUACUUCUCCCGCUUCUACGCAUGGUACCUGUACCGCACCAACAAGCCCCAGUCCUCGAUCGACCCCUACAAUGCCGUGAAGAAGCAGUUCGGCACGACGCGCAAAAUCAUGCGCAUCGGCAAAUUCCUCGAACACCUCAAGGCUGCCGCCGUAGCCUUCGACACUAAGAACCCCGUCGACCCUGUCCUCAAGUACCUGGCCAUCGGUCGCCAGCUUGGCUACGCCGGCUACCUGACCCUCGACGCGGUGACGGUCAUUGAUGUGAUCGGAGUCCGGAAGCUGGCUUCCGCGAAGAGGCUGCAGGAGUCGGCGUACCGGUCUUGGGCGGCGGGUUUGAUCUUCAGUGCUGUGGCGGGUGUGUAUACGCUUGUGCGGUUGCAGGAGAAGGAGAAGAAGAUUGAUCGGAAGGAGGGUGAGGGUGUUGUGGAGGCGAAGAAGAUUGAGAAGUAUGGUUCCCUUUUUUUCUUUGGUUGUGGUGAUGCUAAUUUGGUUAGGGAACGCUCUGCGGCGCGCAUUCAGCUCUUCUCGGACGUUUGCGAUUUGGCGGCGCCCUUGUCUGCUGUUGGUGUCUUGAACCUUGAUGAUGGUAUUGUUGGUAUCUCGGGUACUAUCAGCAGUUUGAUUGGUGUCUGGUCCCAGUGGCGCAAGACUGCUUAA